AUGGAUAAGUCAUGGAUGAAGGCUGAUAGAAGAUCACUACAGUUUCAGUUAGGACUUGAAGAAUUUCUGAAAUUUGCAUCGGAUAAUGCAAGGGACAUAAAUAAAAUACGUUGCCCUUGCUUGAAGUGCCAUAACACUGAUUUUGGUGGUAUAGGGCUGAUUAAGGACCAUAUAUUUUUUAACGGUAUUAAUGUUAGUUAUAAGCAUUGGAAGUGGCAUGGAGAACCAUCUGCUUCUGCCUUGCAUGCUUUUAGAGGGGAUUCUGAAACAGUCGAAAUGAAUCCUGAUUUAGGCAUACAAGCAGAAGCUGUAGGGUUAGAGGGUAGUGAGGAUGAGGAGAUUUCGGAAGACUCGAACGAGUUUAUGCAGUUUGUAGAAGAUGGAGAUAAGCCUCUAUAUCCUGGUUGUACCAAGACAACCAAGUUGAAUGGUUUGAUACAAACAUUCAAUCUGAAAGCAAAGCACGGCAUGACUGAUGCGUGCUAUUCAGAUAUGUUAAUUAUGAUUGGCCUCUUGCUUCCAGAAGGAAAUGACUUACCAGGGUCUACUUAUGAGGCUAAAAGAACACUUUCCGCAUUGGGGAAGGGGUAUGAAAAGAUUCAUGCUUGUCCAAAUGACUGCAUCUUGUACAGAUUGCACCAUGCUGAUGCGACCAGUUGUCCAACUUGUGGUGAAUCAAGGUGGAAACUUGGAAAGGACAAAUCUGAGAAAGAAGGGGUUCCGGGGAAGGUAUUGUGGUACUUCCCUCCGAUCCCAAGGUUCAAACGGAUGUUCCAAUCGACAGUGUCAGCUAAGGAGCUAACUUGGCAAGCCAAUGAUCGAAAGAAAGAUGGAAUGAUGAGGCAUCCAGCCGAUUCCCCAACUUGGAAAAUGAUUGACACAAAAUGGCCAGACUUUGGUCUAGAAAGUAGGAACCUUAGAUUAGCGCUUUCAUCAGACGGGUUUAAUCCACAUAGUUCUCUAAGUAGCAAAUACUCAUGUUGGCCUGUUAUACUUAUCACCUAUAACCUUCCUCCAUGGUUAUGCAUGAAGAGGAAGUACAUGAUGUUGACUAUGUUAAUUUCUGGACCCAAACAACCCGGAAAUGACAUCGACGUCUAUCUACAGCCAUUAGUGGAUGAUUUGAAAGUGUUGUGGGAUGGGGUUGAGAGAGUAUAUGAUGCUGUAAGAGGAGAAUAUUUUAAACUGAAGGCGAUACUAUUAUGGACAAUUAACGAUUUUCCCGCGUAUGGGAAUUUAUCGGGAAGCAUUGUGAAAGGAUACAAUGCUUGUCCAAUAUGUGUUGAUCAGACAAGACCCUAUAGGUUGAAGCACUCUAAAAAAAUGGCAUUCAUGAGGCAUCGACGAUGGCUGCCACGACAUCAUCCUUAUAGAAAGCAAGCUGCUGCUUUCGACAACACCAUAGAGGAGGGUGAAGCUCCUACACCAUUAACUGGAGAGGAGGUGUUGACCAGAGUUCAAGGUCUGUUUUCUUCGAACUUGAUUACUGGGAACAUCUUCCGGUAA